CUCAAUUGUGACAUUUUGCUUAUACACUCUUCUAAAUGUUGAUCUAAUUUUUUGUCCAUCCUUUGCAAAUUAUUAAUUUUUCCCAUUAUAAAUAUGAUAUUAUUAGAAAAAUUGCAAGAACAUGGCUGGUUCUUGACUGAGGAAGGUCUUAAAAAGUUGACUACCAGCAAUAACAUACAAACGGAAGAUGUCAACAAAAUUAUAUCUUUAGCCCUAGAUUGGGAUUUGAAGGAUAUAGCGGCAGGCGCUUUACCAUCUAAACCCGAUAGCAAUGGCACCAUAUCGGGACGCAUUGUAUUGCAAAUACAAAAAAUGCGUAACAUUUCGGCGCCUAAAGCCAACGAAGAGUCUACGACUGCUCCUAGAUUUCUACAAUUAGAACUAACCGACGGAGUUAAUACUAUAGCUGCUUUAGAGUUGGAACGUAUUGCUAGUCUAAAUCUUAAUGUGCCACCGGGAACCAAGUUAUUAAUAAAAGCUGAAAAACUAAAAUUAUUGAAUGGAUUUUUAGUUUUACAGCCAUCAGAUAUUCAGAUACUUGGAGGAAAAGUAGAAGUAUUGGUGGAAAAGUGGGAAGUGGCUAGACAUAUGUUGAAAUAUGCUAGAAGUAACCGAAGGUUAUCUGGAUCUGGUGGGCCACCUCCAUGGAUUGCUUUUGGUAAACGUUUAGAUUCCCACAAAGAUGCACUGCCUACAGAUAGAAAUUUCAAAAGUUUACAAGCUGCUAGCGACAAAGAUAAAAAUUCCAAGGAAAAUGAUGAAUUUAAUGCGACACGUAGUCAAGCCAUAGCUGAAGCCGCAAAGGCUGGACAAAAGAAAGUUUUUGGCGGUGGACAACAAAACAUUUUAGAUCAUAAUGUUAAAAAAAUCCUCGAAAAGGGUUACUCGGAAGAUGACGCCAAAAACGCUCUCAAAACCACAAACAACAAUCUUGAAAGAGCUUUAUAUAAUCUCAAGAGAAGAAAUAACAUUCGAAGCGGCUCAGAAGAAAAUAGUACAAAACCCGUGGCGGUUGCUGCAGGAGGACGUGUAAGAGAAAGAGGAGGAAUAGCUUCGGCCAAAGAAGAAGCUGCAGCGGCAAAACCACAAACAAAUGUAUCGCUGUUUGACUUCUUGACAGAUAAACUUCCAGUGGCUGUUUCCUCUUCAAAUACCGUACAAUCCCAAACGGCUAUUAACAAUAGCCACAUUGAGCGUAUUUCUAAGGACACUUCAGCAAAAGGUUAUAAUAAUAACAAAGCAUUAUCAGUUGGAGGUAACAGAUUUGAAAACAAUAUGUCAUCAAGUUUUGCCGCAAAUAGAGCAACUGUUACCCCAAGAUACGAAGAAAAGCUGACUAUGCAAUCGCGUUCUAAUCCUUUCAACCAAAGACAAGAGGAACGUAAACCGCAAUUCAGCAACAAAAUUGGAAGAGGUGGAGAAAGAAAUAAUAUAAACAGAACACAACCCCAAUCUUCAAAUUACGAUAAACCAUCAACUCAACAAGCUGCGGUAACAGAAGAUAAUGUAAAUUCCACGGGAGGAAACAAUAACACUAAAAGGAAUGAAAGAACAUUUAAAAAAGAGAGGGAACAAACACCUAGGCAGCCAAUUAGUGAUUAUCAAUCUAACAAGCGAAAUAAUGAAUUUAAUAAGACAUCAGAAAAAAAAACGUAUCAAUCAAGAGAAAAUAAUCGGAAUAACCAUCAAGAUUCAAGACAUAACACCAACAGUUAUCAAAAAAACCAAACACAAAAAUCUAAUAACUUUGAAAAGGCAUUGGAUAAUUUGGUAGAAAGUACAUCUAAAAUGUCCAUUCAACAUAAGGAUUCAACUUCUAACAGCCAGCAGAGCAAGGGCCGAAAUAACCAACAAACUUCAAGGAGUACUAAUCAUCAGCAAAUGCCAGCUGUGGGACAACAACAGCAAAAGUCUUCACCAGAAAAUUAUACCAAUAAUUCCCAGCAACAGUCAUCUCAAUUUAUAGAUUCGCAAAAUUGUUCUUCAAAAUCUCUUCAACAAAAUACAAAAGCAGUUGCUUAUGUGCCUCAAGUGGGAAAUGGUUUUGCAUAUGAUCCCAGCAAAAUAAUGGGAUUCCAAAGUAAAGAAGCUAACGAGUAUGCUAUGAAUUUAUUAAAAAGUCAAGGCUUGACCAUGCAACAGCUUCAGCAGCAACAAGCGCUAUCGCCACAAGCGCAACAGGCUACAACGUUGCCACCGCCUCCACCACAACAUUCACAGAAUCAAAUACUCAACAGCCAAGCUACUGCUGCUGUUGCCUACAUGGCACAGAAUCCCAACUUAUUUGUAGCACCACCCCAACAAGCUCCGCCACAAUUCGGCAUGAUGUCUGGCGGUAAUUGGCCUUGGAAGAUAGGUGAUUUAUGUUUAGCCAAAUAUUGGGACGAUGGAAACUACUACGAUGCAAAAAUCACAGCUAUUUCGGAUAAAACGUGUGUUGUUUUAUUUCUGGGUUAUGGCAACCACGAGGAGGUAUUAAAAUCUGACUGCCUACCCAUAACAGAUGCUCAUCACAUACCAUUGAAUGCGUACCAGGCCAACAUAACUGCUCCACCUAUGUCUCAACCACAUCCACCAGCAUUUCAACAAAGAUCUAAUAUGCAUUCUGGCGUUGGAGGUGGCACUGGCGGGAAUCAACGUUAUCGAGGCGAGAGGCAAAUGUAUGUGCCACCACCUAAACGAAAUAAUAACUGACACUCAUUCGUGCUAACGCAACCGCAACACCCAAAAUCACAAACUCAAUAUCAUAGUAUUUCACAACUCGUACAACAGACCAUACCACCGUCGCCAUAUUUUAAUGCAUUCAAAUGAGACGAGCAAAAUAUCUACACACACAAUCGAACAUUUAGGAAACAAAUCCAAUUUUGCAUUUUAGAAUUUUCCCUUGAUAUUUAUUAAGUUUUUACGUGAACAAAAUAAGGGCAAACAAAAUUAUAUUUAUCAAUAAACUCACCAUAUAUAAGUGUAUCCAAAUCAAUGAUAUUGAAAUUUGUAAAUGUUUAAUAAACAAUAAAUCCAUGUUUAAAUGUGAAAUAUACAAAACGUAA